AGACCGAAAUGAGCAGAUAUGGGGUGUCCGAAAGCAAGUGUGUAUUACUGACACUCCCAUCGAGUGUUUAGUUGAGCAGAUUGUGUGGAUAUACAUUACAGAUGAGAGAUCAGAGCUAUUAGGGAAAUCUCUGAGAUUGAAAAUAGCAUUGAAGAAGUCCAAAGACUAGUGAUGGUUAUCCAAGAGCUUUCUUUUGCAAAUGGAUGCAAUGUUUAUCUACCAAAGAUUGAAAACACUUUGAUUAGUUUUAAAGAUAUCCUGCAAGAACUUGAAACAAAGAUCAAUGAAGCCAUCCUUCAGCGUAAUCUUGAAGAAUGUUGUUCACUCGAAGCUCAAAUAAAAGAAAUCAGGAAGGAAAUGGCUGAUGAUGCAGACAUAAGAGAAGUAUUAUUCAUGUCAGCUAGCAGACAGUCAUCUUUAAGUACUUUCUCAUCUGUUCCAGACGAGUUUUCAUCAAGUUCUAAAAUAUCAAACAAAAUUGACUUGAUUCUUAAAAAGCAUUCGAAAAUAAUGGAGAAAAAGCAUCUCAAGCAAAUGAAGAUCUUUGAAAAAGAGUGCAAGAAUAGACUCCAACAAAUAUUCCAGAGACAGAUAGACGAAUUCAAAGCUCACAAUGAUGCCAAAGAUAUUCUGAUCCAAGAGAAAGAUCAACUCAUCAACCAAAAUCUCAAGAACUUAGAAGACCUUAAACAGCAAAAUGAAGACUUGUCAACAAAAAUAUUUAAUUUAGACAGUGAGAACCAACAGCUAAAAGAGCAAAAAAUAAAAACUGAAACUGAGCUCCUUGAUGCUCAAACAGGUCUUGAGCAACAAGCACUAAAGAUCUUAGAACUAGAGUCUCUGCUAUAUAGCGAGCAGCAAAAAUCUGAUAAACUAAUGGAAGAAGCUAAAAAAGAAGCAUUCAUAAAAGAAUAUUUGAUGCAAAAAGCCAUUAAAGAAAUCAAAGACUUUGAUCCUUUCUCUAAAGAACUGGAACUUUACCUUAACGAAGACAAAGGAAAGGACUUAGUAAAGAACCUUGGAGAAGCCAGGUAUAAACUAAACGGACUCCAAAGGCUAACACUUUCUAGUUUCAAGGACGAAGAUCAGAGUGUCAAUCAGUUCUUAACUCACUGAGCUCCGUCUUCUCUUAAACUAUUUAACUUUGGGAUUAAUUACGGAAAGGAAGUGAACAUCAAAUACUAUUUGAAAGGGCUAAAGAGCAUAAUGCCAAAUGUGUUCAAGGAAAAUUAUCUGUUUUGGCUGAUCAUUGAUAGUGAUGAUCUGGAGCAGAUAGUAAAGUUAUCAGCUAAUUCUGAAAGAUUGGUUUUGAGUCAUUGUAAAAUAUCUACAAAGCCUUCUCUGGAUUUCUCUAUUUCAACUCCUUACAAGACACAAUUUCUAGGAUUCCAAUACUCAGGAAGUAAACCAUGGCACACAGAAAUGGACUGGAGCAAUCACCCUGACAGGUUCGAAAACAUCAUAGCCGGCAUCAAAAACUGCUCUCUCAAAGACUCCUUAAAAAUCAUCAACAUCCACAAAUGCGGCAUCACCGUCUCCCAAGUCGAAUCCCUACUCCUUUCCCACAACCUAUCCCACAUCUCAGUUAAAGACGCUUCCCACAAAGCACUAACAAGCUAA